AUGGGUGCUUACAAGUAUUUGGAAGAGCUUUCUAAGAAGAAGCAGUCUGAUGUGAACUUGUUCUUGUCUCGUGUUCGCGCUUGGGAAUACCGUCAAAUGAACGUUGUUCACCGCGCUAGCCGCCCUUCUCGUCCUGACAAGGCUCGUCGUUUGGGCUACAAGGCCAAGCAAGGCUACGUUGUCUACCGCAUCCGUGUUCGUCGCGGUGGCCGUAAGCGCCCUAUUCCUAAGGGUCAAGUCUACGGUAAGCCCGUCCACCAGGGUGUUAACCACCUCAAGUACCAACGCUCUCUCCGCUGCACUGCUGAAGAGCGUGUCGGCCGUCGUUGCGCUAACUUGCGUGUCCUCAACUCUUACUGGGUUAACCAAGACGCUACCUACAAGUUCUACGAAGUUAUCUGCGUCGACCCCUCUCACAAGGCCGUCCGCCGUGAUCCUCGCAUUAACUGGAUCUGCAACGCUGUUCACAAGCACCGUGAGGCUCGUGGUCUUACCUCUAUUGGUAAGAAGUCUCGUGGUAUCGCCAAGGGUCACCGUUUCAACAACUCUCCCCAAUAUGCCACCUGGCUCCGUCACAACACCUUGUCUCUUCGCAGAUACCGUUAA